CUCGCGCCGGCUUCUCACCUGGCCGCUCGGGAGGGAGCCGUCCCGCCGCCUCUGCUGCCCAGCCGGGACCUGCGGCCGAGCCCCAGCCAUGUCCAUGCUGCCGUCCUUCGGCUUCACGCAGGAGCAAGUGGCCUGCGUGUGCGAGGUGCUCCAGCAAGGGGGGAACCUGGAGCGGCUGGGCCGGUUCCUCUGGUCCCUGCCGGCCUGCGACCACCUGCACAAGAACGAGAGUGUCCUCAAAGCCAAGGCGGUGGUGGCCUUCCACCGGGGCAACUUCCGCGAGCUCUACAAGAUCCUGGAGAGCCACCAGUUCUCGCCCCACAACCACCCCAAGCUGCAGCAGCUCUGGCUCAAGGCGCACUACGUGGAAGCCGAGAAGCUGCGGGGCCGACCCCUGGGCGCCGUGGGCAAGUACCGGGUGCGCCGAAAAUUCCCCCUGCCCCGGACCAUCUGGGAUGGCGAGGAGACCAGCUACUGCUUCAAGGAGAAGUCCCGGGGCGUGCUGAGGGAGUGGUACGCGCACAACCCCUACCCCUCGCCGCGGGAGAAAAGGGAGUUGGCCGAGGCCACCGGGCUCACCACCACCCAGGUCAGCAACUGGUUUAAAAACAGGAGGCAGCGGGACAGAGCGGCAGAGGCGAAGGAAAGGGAGAACACUGAAAACAACAACACGUCCACCAACAAACCCAACCAGCUCUCUCCCCUGGAUGGGGGCAAACCGCUUAUGUCCAGCUCCGAAGAAGAAUUCUCCCCCCCACAAAGUCCAGAUCAGAACUCAAUCCUUCUCUUACAGGGAAACCUCAGCCAUGCCAGGAGCUCCAACUAUUCCCUGACGGGCUUAACUGCCUCUCAGACCAGCCACAGCCUCCAGGACUCCCUGCUAGGACCCCUCACCUCGAGCUUGGUAGACCUCGGCUCCUAAAACCGGAGCAAGCAGCCGUUAAAGCAAUGGAAACGGAGGUUUACCGCGGCGAUAAGACAGUCGAUUGUAAAUAGAGGACAGGACAUGAUUUUACAUCUUAUCUGGUGAUUCUUAACACGACUUUAACCUCUCUUUUAAAACGCUCCCAAGAAGUCUCCUCUCCUCUCCUAUCUAACGCGCUUACAGCUUUCCCAUUCUUUUUCUCCAAGCAGCCAAAUGCAGAAAACGGCGGUUCCCUGUGAUUUUUCUCUUAGGAUGUUUCUUCGAAUUCAAUUAAGUUUUUUACCAGCAGGAAUUACAAAAUAACCGGAUUCGAUUCAAUUCGAAACAAAGUGACGAAGAUCCGAUCUGUCACGUACAGAGAGA